UCACGUCAGCGUGUACGUCGAGAGCAGCAGAUUCAGUCGGGACGGCGGAAAGCGCGGCAAGAUCGCCUCUCCGCUCCCUGUCAGAAUCGUCACCACGUGAAUCCGCGUGCUUGCUUCGCGCGUCUAUUUUAGCGGCUUUCCUGGAAAUCCCGGAUCGCCUCAAGAUUCUGCGACUCACGCUCUUCCGCGCGAUCAGGAGGAUGACGACGGCGGUCGACAAGGAGGAGGCGAGGAAACGCUUGACGCCGCUGCAGUGGCACGUCACCCAGGAGAAGGGCACCGAGAGGCCGUAUACCGGUUGCUACAAUAAAUUCUACGAGAAGGGAACCUACACCUGCGUCGUGUGCGAUCAGGAAUUAUUCUCCUCGGACACCAAGUACGACAGCGGAUGCGGUUGGCCCGCAUUCAAUGAGGUUUUGGAUCAAGGACGCAUUAAACUGACCAAAGAUACUUCUCAUGUCGGUGGCAAUCUACUACUGCUGAUCGCAAACCCAGAUAUGGUGCGGACCGAAGUGACCUGUUCAAAGUGCGACGCGCACCUGGGACAUGUGUUUAACGACGGGCCGAAGCCGACGAGGAAGCGUUUCUGCAUCAAUUCCGCCUCCAUAAGCUUCCAUGCGGCCGGAGAGGAGAAAAAGUCUACAUAAAAUAAGCUCUCAUUGUUUUUUAUUUAUGAGAUUCAAAAUGUCAAGUCAUAUAACACACUAUUCAUAUAUAAAUAUGUAUGAAUGAUGCGUUAUAAUCAUAAAAUACCUCUGGUUUAUAUUUAUAUGCAUUGUAAAGAGAUGGAGUAAUUUUAUUAUCGCCAAAAUACCAAAUAGGCUGUCUCUGUAAAAUACAAAUUUGUUAUUAUAUAUAUAUUUAUUAUAUAUAUAUACGUAAGAAAUAUUAAUGUUUUAUCACUUUUGACGCAAUGUGAAUACUACUGUAUCGCUAUUAAACCAAUCUUUCUCUAUGUCAAUUAUAUAUUUCUUUAAUUUAUAUUUCAUUAUUUAAUUAUAUAAGAUUUUUGAAUAUAUUCGCGAAUAUUCGUCUUUACGUUAAGCUUCUGCGAAAGUUUUACAGAAUAUCCUAUUUAUAUACAGAGAUAAAACGGUUUCCGACCGACUUUUCACACAAGAAACUAUAAUUCUAUGUUAUCAGUUUCGAAAUCUCUGCAUUGUGUUAUUCUCUCGAUAUUACAAAUAUGUAUGUACAUAUCCGUAUUAAAGAGAACAAAGUUUAACACCCACACAAGAUAUACGCUGCAUAAAACGAGAAAACGCUCGAUACAGAAAAGAACUAUGAUAAAAAUGAUGUCUAAUCAAAGAAUGUUAUUUUUUCAAUAAACGCCAUAUGUAAAAUAUA